AUGGCGAUCACCCACGCGAAGCGACGGCAGCUGAGUGAGGAGCUCAUUGAGCGGGCGGCCGCUGGUCGGCACCAGGAUGUGUCCAGGCUCCUGGAGGAGGGAGCUGACACCGACUUCGCGGACCGCAACGGCUACACCGCAGUGUCUGAGGCUGCCAUGGCGGGGCAGACGGUGGUUCUGGGCCAGCUCCUGCGAGCUGGUGCCGACCCGAACAAGGCGGCCAAGGAUGGCCGGACACCCCUCCAUCGGGCGGCCUUUCACGGCUGGAUGCCAGCUUUGAGGCUCUUGCUGGAGAAUGGCGCCGACCCAAACCAGAAGGACAGUGAUGGCAAGACUCCUGCAGAGGUCUCGAAGAGGGCGGCGGUGCAGGAGCUGUUUGUCAGCUUCACGGAGGAGCAGAUCCAGGAGGCGAUGGAGGCGCAGAAGCGGAAGAUGGCCCAGCGCCCGUGCUACGGAGAUGAGGACGCGUCGUUGAGCCAGCCAGCUCAGGCAAACGAGGCCGAAAUCCCCAAGAAGACAUCACGAACACCGAAGACCAUCUACUACAAGGAUGUGGCGAAGAGCCAAACCAACACCGAUCAGGGCGCCGCUGAGGGUGAGAAGCAGUUCCUCGAGCUACACCCAACAUUGGACAUCAUCGCCCAACCUGACGGAUAUGCAUCUCGGCCGGGCGACAUGGGAGGCUACAAGGACGACGUGAAGUUGCAAAACGGGAGCCUCAUCGUCGAAACCUCCGAUGGGCUCUUCGCGAGCGACGAGGUCGGGCAGCAGGUGUCUGAGAGCCCAGAGCAGCAGGCGGCGCUGUGGCUGCAGAAGCUCGGUGACGCCCCGGAGGUGGCCCUCGACAUGAAGGCCAUCCAGGAUGCCAAGGCCUCAGCACAGGAGCAUUUCAACCAGGGAAAUGUUGGUACCGCCCGGCAAGUCACCACGGCUGCGAUCCGUGCAGCGGAGCUGCUGCUCGCGCGAGAGGCCUCGCUUGAGGAGAAGGUCAAUGAAGACUUGCAAUCCUUGCUUGGGGUCCUACGUUCCAAUCGCAGUUUGCUGCUGACUCACCAGAUCCAGGCGGGUGACACGGAGGUUCUGCAGUUCGGCGCCGAUGCUGCUUGGAGCUUGGUAGUGAAGGACACGGACGCGGCAUUGAUGGACAACCCCUCCAACUUCAAAGCCAGCUUCAGGCGGGCUCGGGCCUUGUUCGAACUAGGGGAGCUGGAUCAGGCGAUGGCUGAUGCAACCCGUGUGGUGGACCAUUAUGCUCGCAAUACGCAGGUGUCCAAUCCAGAGGCCGUCGCUCUACGUCAAAGUAUCAUGGAUGCUUUGAAGAAAGAGCGUGCGAAGUGGGGCGACAAAGGCGGGCCGCGCUGGAACCGGCUUGUCAAUGACAGCGGGGCACUGAUAUCUGAGGUGUCAUAG